AUGCAGGCUGAGGAAUACAAUCGUAGAGGUAAGGAGUUGGUGGACUACAUCACGCAGUACCUGAGCACUAUCAGGGAGAGAAGGGUGAUUCCUGAUGUGAAACCAGGCUACAUGAAGGACCUUCUCCCUGACACUGCGCCUGCAGAACCAGAGGACUGGGAGAAUAUCUUCAAUGACAUCGAGAGAAUCAUCAUGCCAGGUUUGGUUCACUGGCAGAGUCCUCAUAUGCACGCCUAUUACCCCAGUCUGACUUCAUGGCCCUCUAUGCUCGGGGACAUGUUGGCUGAUGCCAUCAACUGUGUUGGAUUCACCUGGGCAUCCAGUCCUGCUUGUACAGAGUUGGAAAUUCAUGUGAUGGACUGGCUGUGUAAAGCCCUGGGGCUCCCCUCCUUCUUCCUGCAUCACCAUUCUGACAGCAGAGGUGGAGGCAUACUUCAGAGCACAGUGAGUGAGAGUACACUGGUGGCUCUGCUGGCAGCCAGGAAAGACAAAAUUCUGCAGCUGCGGGCUGAGCUCGACCACGACAUUGACGACUCUGUCCUAAAUUCAAGACUGGUGGCUUACGCUUCUGAUCAGGCCCAUUCCUCAGUUGAGAAGGCAGGGCUGAUCUCCCUGGUGAAGAUCAGAUUUCUGCCCACUGAUGAGAACUUGUCUCUGAGAGGAAACACUUUGAAACAAGCCAUACAAGAAGACAGGAGGAUGGGACUGGUCCCUUUUAUGCUGUGUGCCACUUUGGGAACUACUGGAGUGUGUGCCUUUGACAAGCUAUCUGAACUGGGACCAGUGUGUGCAGAAGAGGGACUCUGGCUCCAUGUGGACGCUGCAUAUGCUGGCUCAGCCUACUUCUGUCCUGAGCUGCGCUGGUCCCUGGAGGGCAUUGAAUUUGCACAGUCUUUUGUCUUCAACCCCUCCAAGUGGAUGAUGGUUCAUUUUGAUUGCACUGCUUUUUGGGUAAGGGAUAAAUAUAAGCUCCAACAGACGUUUAACGUUGAUCCUGUUUACCUGAGACAUGAAAACUCACAAGCAGCCACCGAUUUCAUGCACUGGCAAAUUCCUCUCAGCCGACGUUUCCGUUCUCUCAAACUUUGGUUUGUCAUGCGUUCCUUCGGACUGAAAAACCUCCAGGCUCAUAUCAGACAUGGUAUUGAGAUGGCAAAGCUCUUGGAGUCUCAGAUAAGGAGUGAUCCAAAUUUUGAGGUUCCUGCUGAGAGGAACCUUGGCCUGGUUGUUUUCUGUCUGAAAGUAUGUAUCUUUUUGGUAAAGUGCAAAAAUCUGUGUUAAGUCAUCUUUGUUAGGCAAUAUGUUCUUCACUGGCUAAUGAUUGUUAAGAUAUAUAAACUUGCCAGUCACACCUUGUUCAAAGGUGAACCAAUGAACGGUGUAAACUGGUUUUAUCAAGCACAGGUGAAGGUGAAAGCA